AUGACGAGCCGCGGACCGGGACGGCCGGUCUUUCUGCCGCUUCUGCUUCUUCUGAAGACGUGCACGGUGGCCGGGGAGGACCUUUCCUGGAUGUCCGACAUCGUCGCCACCGACUUCGAGAAGCAGAUGGCCGAGGUCCCCUCUUCUUUUUGAAAUAUUGAAAUAUGAAGAAAGAAGAAACAGAGUCUAGUCACCAGAGUGGUCCCUAUAGAAGCAACCUUAGAGGUCCUUAUAGGGUCCCCUCUAGGUACCACUAUACCAACCCCUAUAGGGGCCACUGAAGCUCGCAAAAGGGUGGUAUGAAAAAAACACCAGCGAAAAUUCGAACGGCGACUUUUCCGAUUUUUUCAUAUCGCUAGGGAACUUUCCGACGGCCACCUUCCCGACGAAUCUUUUCCGACUUUUUUUCUCGAUAAAAUCUUUGUUUUAAAUCUUCCUAUAUAAAAUAGGUAGUUGGUUUAUGAUUAAAACACGAAGAAAUAGGAAAAAAAAAGGUUUAUAGAUGUUUUAUAAACCAAAAAACAUAAGUGAAAAAAGUCGGAAAAGGAUCCGUCGGAAAGGUGGCCGUCGGAAAGUUCCCUAAUGAUAUAAAAAAAUCGGAAAAGUCGCCGUUUGAAUUUUCGCUGGUUUUUUUUUUCAUACCACCCGCAAAAGUGCCCCCUAUAGGGGUCAUUUUUUCGAUAGUUACUAUGAACUCUAUGCGAAAAAGCGUUACUAUGAGAAAACUAAAUGAACAACGUUUUUUGAACAAAAGACCCCUUUAGGGGACACUUAACUUUUGGCGUCCAAGUGGUCAGACCCUAAACCCCUAUAGGGACCACUUUUUCGAUUUGAAGAUCCAUCUCCUUUGCUAAUUUCUCAAAGAAAGUUAUCGAUUAAUUUUUUAUCCCCUAAAAUUUGGGGGGUCCUAAGUGUUCAUAGUCAGAUGGUGAAUUUUCGCAUUGCUCAUUUUACAGAGACGUGGGAAAGUUUGUCGUGGGCGCGAUAUCAUUCGUUUUUCAAUUUGCUUGGCAGAAUUCUUCAAUCAUUUGAUUCAUUUUUGGAAUAUUGUCAAAAAUGGAACUUUCAGACGGACGCCCUGUCGCGCUAUUUCACAAAGGAGAAGAAUGACUCAAAGGUUUUCCCAACAUGGGAAACGAUGAAGGCCAGGUAAGAGGAAUUUAAUCAGCUUUUUUCCGACGGAUAUUCUAAAGUAAUAAAAUAAGUUGAUUUGAGAAAGUUUGAUGACUAAUGUUCGACUUUUUGACCUUCUCUUUAUUAAUUAAACAUUGUCAAAGUUUAAAACUCGAUUUUUACUGUAUAACUUUUGAAUAAAAACUGAAAAAAAUUUAUCAGAAGUUUUAAAAAUUGAAAUUUCAUUCAAGAGAUGAACUAUAACAAAAAAAUGAGGGUAUACUCCGCAGUGAGCCCUGAAAAAAGUGAACUUUUCGUUGAUUUUUUCGGUGCACCACGGGUUGGACCUAGAUGGCGCGCACCCCUGAGGCAACCUGUUGGAAAUAAUAAUUUUUUUUAGCUACCGUAAAAGUCUAUAAUGAGAACUGUAGAAAAUGGUGAUAUUGGGAAACGAACCACUUCGAAGUAGUGUACGGAAUAAGUACCUUAAUGGGAAUUUAAAGCUAAAAGGGGUACACCCCUGGUUACACUGCGGGGUAAACCGAGAGUUCGAAGCGGGGUGCACCGCAACUCUUGUUAGAGAAGACGCCUUUUCUGAUCUAUAAAAGUCGAUGAAACCGAAGUUCGAAGAAAACUUUUCGCUUUUCGAACAGAUUUCAUUCUUGAACUAUUGAAAACUUUCCAUACCAGAGUCUUCUUGCAGAGUGGGAGAGUUCACGAAUGUGAACGCAUCGAAAAUCCACAACCACAACUACAACGACAUGACGGCGUUCUUGAAGCAGACUUCACUCAACUAUCCCAACAUCACGCAUCUCUACUCGGCAGGGAAAAGUGUCGAAGGACGCGAUCUUUGGGUUCUGAUAGUGUCGGAUCGGCCGCGAGAGCACGAGCUUCUCGAGCCGGAGCUUAAGAUCGUCGGCAACAUGCACGGCAAUGAGGCAAGAGUUCAUUCCUCUCUAGUUCGACUAAGAUCUUUCUCUCUUUUUUCUUAGGAACUCCAGAGUGGUCCCUACAGGGGCAAUCUUAGGCCCUUGGAGGUUUCUCUAUAGGGACCACUAAAACUUGCAAAAGUGGUCGAUGCGAAGAAGCAUUUCCAUGCGAAAUACUAAAAAAUAACCUUGUUGAAUAAAAUUCAGAGAUCCCUUUAGGGUCCACUUGAGCUUUAGGGGCUAAGGAGUCAGACCCUGAACCCCUAUAGAGACCACCUCCAUUUCACCCUUAUAGGAACUACUUUUUCGGGCCCUACACGGGUUUUUUUCGCCCCUAACCCCUAUAGAGACCACUCUGGAAUUCCUAACUUAGUUUGAUUCCAAAUUUCUUUCAGGUUGUUGGCAGAGAGGCCCUACUCUACCUCAUCGAGAUCCUCUGUGUCAACUACGGAAAGAAUCUCUUUCUAACCGAGGUCCGGAAAGAGAGAGUAUCAAUCAAUCAGAACUUGGCAGAUUGUGAACAACGCACGAAUCCAUCUGAUGCCGUCGAUGAACCCCGACGGCUACGAGCGCGGAAUGCCUGGCGAUCGGAUCAGCGCCAUGGUUGGUCAGGUCCAAGAAAUGACCGAUUCAGCUGUUCCUAGGGACGCUCCAACGCCAACGACGUCGACCUGAAUCGCAACUUUCCUGCCAUCUACCCUGAACACCGCGAACAGUCGGGCGGCGGGGAUCCGGAAAAGUAAGAAGUGAUUAAAGAACACCUUAGGCUUUUCAGAGGGGUCCCUAUAGGGGAAAAGUUAAGGUGAUCCCUAUAAGGGUUUAGAGUCUGACUCCUUAGCCCCUAAUGCUCAAGUGGACCCUAUAGUGGUCUCUCAAUUUCAUUCAAUACUCGCUUAUUUAAUCACAUUUUCCCCACGGAAAUGCUUCUGCGCUUAGAGUUCACAAAAAUUUUCGACUAGCAUGUCCCUAACUAAAACCCCUAUAGGGACCACUCUGAAGUUUCUAAGGGGAAGGACAGAAGGACAGGACAAGAAGGUCAAGAUUCUAAGAAGGACAAAAAGUGAGAAAAAAGAUAAUCAUCGAUUUUCUGUCUGACUUCUCCCAUCAAAACUCUAAAUUCCAUUUUUCUUUAAAAAUGGUUCUGCUCUGAAUUUCAGAAUGAGUGCUCUUGAAAGCGAGUUUUCAAAUUCUCACCUCAAUUCUCUGCCCUUGAUUUGCUUAUUCCUGAGGAAUUGCAGGGAAAAUGUCGCCGUCAUGAAGUGGCUCAAGUCUUAUCCCUUCGUCCUGAGCGCUAACCUUCAUGGAGGUCUGAAUAAAUCUGUACCAUUAAAGUUGGAAAUUCCUUUUGCAGGUUCUCUUGUUGCCAACUAUCCCUACGACGAUUCUGUCACCGGCAAAGACGGAAUCUACACACCGGUGAGAAUUCCAAACGAGAGAUAUAUUGCUGGAAAUCAAAUUCAGAGUCUCGAUGACAUGCUUUUCGUCGAACUGAGUUACCGCUAUGCUCGGGCUCACUCGAAGAUGUGGAAGACUGGAAGGAGGUCUGUAUUUAGGCCUUCUGAAUUCAAAAUGAGUUGAGAAUAUAACUGAAUUUCGAAAUCCAGAGAUGAUUGAAUUUCGCAAAAUUCACUUUGAACACGGCGAGCGCAGCAGUGCAGGCACAUGACACACUACACUGUACGGAGAAAAUAUGGGCGGAAUCAAAAAUCGAAAUUAAAUAUUGCUUUUUGCGCGUCGUUUCUCAUGCAUCGCGUGCACUGCGUACAACAAAUUUUAUUCUUUGCCGUUGCGAUGGGCGUGGCUUCGAUUUGGUGUCGCCGUGUCAAAUAACUCUUCGCAUAGAGUACAUAAAAAUUGUCAAUUAGCAUGUCCUCUAUGAGGGCAGCUAACUAAAAGUCCUGUAGGGACCACUUUUGCGAGCUUUAGUGAUCCCUAUAGAUGAUAGUGCAGUGGUCCCUAGCGAGGACUCUCCAAGGUUGCCCCUAUAGGAACCACUCUGCAGAACUUAUGAAACAAAACGCAUAUGAUAGAAAAAUCCAACUUAUAAUAAUUUUCGCCAAAAAAGAAGGUCUAGUCGGAAAAUUCCAGAUGCGGUCUGUCUGCGGACGGAGACAACUUCCUGAACGGAAUAACCAACGGAGCGGGAUGGUACCAUCUCGCAGGCGGCAUGCAAGACUGGCAGUACGAACACACCAAUUGUCUGGAAAUUACCAUCGAAAUGGGUUGCUUCAAGUUCCCCACCGACGACAUGCUGCCCAAGUCAGUUUACAACCUCCUUGGCCAUGUCCAUCAGCCGGGUCCAGACUCUGGGAGGAGCACCAGUUCGCGUUGCUCUCCUUCCUCGAGAUGGGUCUCACGGGCGUUUAUGGCAUCGUCACUGAUCGGAACAACAACACCGUCGCCAAUGCUACGAUAUCAAUGGACAGCGGUUAGUUACAGAAGGCAUCUAGGUUGAAAACAGACAGUUUCAGGCAAAACUACCAGAGCGACGGACAAAGGCGAGUACUGGAGGCUACUUACACCAGGAACUCACAUGGUUAGGGACCACAGACCUAUUUUUCAAACUCAAGCUAGCUUCUCGUUUUUUUUUUUGAAAAAAUAAUGAUUUUAACAUGUAGUAUGCGAAAACAGAAAAGAAAAACGAAAAAUAUUAAAGAUAAGAGAAGAAAACAAUAUUUGAAAGUAAUCGAAAAGCAAAAUUUUUUGCACUGGAAAUUUGGUUCUGCGAAUUUUCAUGCAAUCUGCGCGCACUCUCAUUUGCAUGGGCGGCACGGUUUCAUGAGCCAAAAGAGAAGGUUUUACGAGCUUUAAUUCCACUUUACCAUCACUUUCGUCCCAGUGAGUGCACAACUACAGCCUACAGUGCUCUUUGAAAAAUGUGACAUGGUUCCCCUUUAACGUUGGAAUCAUCGCCGGAGUUUUUCAGCUGACCGUUUCUGGACAAGGACUCGAGUCAGACAGCUUCACAGUUACUGUGGAGGCCGGAACUCGCGCUGUUCGUCACGAUGUUCAGCUGCUGACUUGUGGCGACAAUGAGACGGUUGCGCCAGCCAACUUUUCGAGUAUUUCAAGAAUAGAUUUCAGAAGUCUGACUACUACAUACGCGGCCGUGGAAAAGUGCCGAUGGCUGUCAUUGCGUUCAACGAAAGGUUCCGGUUCUCAAAAUCAAUGUCUCAGCGUUGAUUCAGUGGCGCAUCUGUCCUGUACGAACUCGCGAGGUUGACCUGCUCCGGAGAUUUGACGCUAGAUGAUGACGUCUCUUUGCUCAUCGUACCGCACUACAAUAAGCCAGACGCCUCCACAAUCACCGAUGUUUAAUCAGUGUCUUUAUGUCUUAUUGAAGUCAGUUUCAGAAAAUACGGGAGUUCAACCCGUCGACGUUCUUGGUGGUUGCCGACGGGUUCGUAGAGACGAUCACCUUCAGCAUAGCCGAAAAUCAGCCGAAGCUUUUCAACAAAGCGAAACUCGACGAGAGUCUCAACAAGGCUUUGGGUUACGGCAAGGACUGCGACAAGUUUUCUGACCAUCAUUUUCCACCCAAUACAUCGGAAUUUCCGGCCUCUGCGUGAGUCUACGCUGGCGAUGAAGAUCGACGACUUCCGACUUCAUGGAGCCUUCGAGAUCGGCAUCGCCGUCGGCUGCGAUCAGAUGGUGACACUUGACAGGAAGGCCGCUACUGUAGGCACUGUCCUCAACGUGAGUUCUUGUUUUUUUGAUCCUUGAAAGAAGACGUUUUCAGAUCAUCAAGACGGCUAUGGUCAAAGACGCCGUCCAAGAGUUCUCUGUGGUACCGUCGAUGAAUCCUUCGGAUCAUUUCACUCCUGAGCAAUCGGUUAUGGUCACAAGGUAGCUGGGCCCUCAACGAAGCUUUGAGGCGUACUUAGGAAUUUUAGAGUGGUCCCUAUAGGGAUUAGGGAGAUGAACAGCCCUUAUAGGUAGGGGGCGCAAAGCCCCGCCCCUUCACGCCACCAAAAUGACGAUUUUUUUGUUGCAAAAACGGUUUUGAGGCGUUUUUACUAGCUAAAGUCCCAUUUUAUAAAUGAACUGUUUCUGUUAAUCUAUGUAAUCGACAACGCUCUACAAGACUGAAUAUUUUUUAAACUAUGUAUUUUUCAAAAAUAAGCGAAAAAGUAAGAUUUAACACGAAAAAAACUGACAAGUUUCACAAAAUCGUCGCGUUUCAGAAAACCAAGUGAGGAACGCUUCCGAACUUUGAGUAUGUUAUACAUUAACACUUUCUUUAUUUUUUGAGUGAAAAUGAAAAAAAUCUACCGACGCGAAAAAAAUAUUAAAGCUUGUAAAGUGACACCAAACUUUGAAGCUGAAAUGCGAAAAAAUUUCAGCGACAAGGUAUACUUUUUAUUUGAUUUAAAAACUCACAAUGUGCUCACAAACAAAAAUUCAAAAUGAAAAUAAUUAUUGGGACAGCGAAUCAAAUUAUAUUUGAGUUUUACCAAAACCUCCUUUUUUCGCCUGCCUCGUUGACGCAUGAGAGAAUAGGAUCGCGUCUAUAUUUUUUUGCUUAUGUUAUUAAGCUGUUCAAAAACUCUACCAAUGAAAAAAAAUUAUGAAAAAAAACCGAUCGACGCGAAAAAAAUAACGGCUUUGAAAAACCCCGAAAAAAAAUAGCAAUUUUUUUGAAAUUUCGGAAGAUUUCGUGCAAGUGUCCGUAGCAGUGUUUGCGUCAAACACACCGAUGCGCCCUUUUAAGUGUCGCAGGAGCCGUUUUUUUCGGAGUCAAAUUGCACACUUUCCUGUUUUAUUUCGAAAUAACAUUAUUUUUUUCAUUUUUUUCUUUUUUUCCAAACCAAAUGAUAAUAAUUUUUUUCUGAUUAGAAAAAAAGAAAAAAAUAAGCUGAAAAAUUCCUUGUGACCUUUUUUUCUAAGUAGUUUUUUUGAUAUUUUAUCAAAAAAAUUCUGAUGAUAGUUAUGCGAAUGAUUCAUGCCAAAACAUAAAGAUCAGUUCUGACAACCUCUCAGAACAGAAAACCGAUUUAAAAAAACGGUUCAGAAAUGCGCAAAAAAACAUUUAAAAAAAGAAAGCGUGCGGCAGCGGGUAAACCGUGAGAUUUUCGCCUCCAGUUGAACGCCGCGCGCGCUCGUUUUUUUGGCCAUAACUUUUUUUCUUAGUGGAGCUUUUUUUCUAAAAACUAAACGGAUUAUGAAAAUGGACAGUCUCCUCUAUUGAACAGUGUAAAAAACAUAUUUUUUGGAUCGUUUUGAAGAAAUGGCUUGCGGACCCUACUUAUAGGGGUCGAAAAAGUGGUGCCUAUAAAGGUCUUUCAAUUUCUUUCAAAAAACGCUUAUUUAUUAGUUUUUCCCAUGGAAAUGCUCCUUCGCACACAGUUCAUAAGAAUUAUCGACUAGCAUGCCCCCCAUAGGGGCCACUAACUGAAACCCCUAGAAGAACCACUUUUUAAGCGUUAGGUCCCACUAUAGGGGUUGGUAAAGUGUUCUCUGGGACCCAUAAGGUUGCCCCUAUAGGGACCUAAGUAUGAUUGAUUGAAGCGCAAGUCUGAGCGGGCUAGAGAAGAGCAAAUGCGUGACCGAGGUCAAGCCGCCGAACGAAAUGUUGAGGCUUCUGAAAAUGGGAAGCGGAAAGCCGCCGUACACAUUGGUCGCUGCCAUCGAAAAAGUACGAGUUCCGCUUCGGCUCAAACGAAAAUGAGAGUUCCAGCGAACAGAAGCCCUUGUCUACGAGAUGAUGACCAGAUGGUGCGAGAGUCCGAGCAACGAAGGCGUCGAGAAGGUUCUCAAAGAGUCGACGCUGAUCUUGAUGCCCGAAAUACCUCACACCCAGGUAUGCUCCGUUUUUCGUGGCUUUCAGAGUUCUGUUUUAGGUAGUUUCAAGUGAAAAUAUUCAGAGACUGAUGCCUUGUUCAAUUUGAUUUCGCGAAAUGCAAAAUGAUCUCUGACUUUCCAAAAUCUAGUGAUCUUUUCCUUUCUCUAACGGGUAUUUUGCAUUUCGCGGAAUCAAAUUGAACACGACAUGAAAAAACGUUAUCUGCGAACCUUAACACGGGUAAAAAGCCUGUCAAAAAAUACAGAAAGUUUCAAACUUUAAUGUUUCACCGGAUACGCAAAAUACAGGCCUCAAAUUUGAUAUAUAGCUGGGCUGGCUGAGUCAUCGAAAAAAAAGGGUCCUGACACGAUAAUAAAGGAGAUAGUGCCUGGCUCGUGGAGAGCGCAGACAGGACACGCCCCCUUAGAGUCCCAAGCUAGCCGUGAAUCUCUGAUUUUCCGCUGCCUUCUGUUUUUGAGCGCUCUGAUCUGAAACUGUAUCAAAAAAUUUCGAUUUGAAAAACCGAACUUAAACUUUAGCUCAACUGCCACGACUACAAUACCAUCUCGCCAUUCAAAAAACUUCUCAAUGACGUCAUUCAAGCGGUGCCGCAAAUCGACUUUGUUCUGCUUUUCGGCACUGGCGGACUAAAGGUAUCAAAACCAGGAAUGAGAUUCUAGCACCCGCGGGUGCUACCGCGGAUCACCCAUUCAUCCCCAGACCCGAAUAAACCCCUUCAAGUUCAGCGGGACAACGUAAACGCCUAUCUCACGCGCCAGGCCCCCGUUUAGGGGGGAUCCCGCCGUAGAGCACGAGUUUCAUUGAAAAUCAUUACGUAUUAGCCCAAAAAAAGAGAGCUACACUAUGAGGCACAUGCUGGCGAGCGCCUGGUUUAGAGUCGGUUGCGGAUUCCAUAGGGCCUCGGCAGCGUGACUAGAGAGUUGGUUUAACUACCUAAGUUUAAGGUGAACAUUAGAUCUGACGCAGAAUAUCAUGGUGUCAAGAUAAACUUUGGAACCGCUUCUCUUCAGAGAGGCAAAAAGUCUCAAGAAACGCAAAAUUUGGAUUUUAGGUGCGUUACAUAAACGAAACUCUGGGCGUGGCCGAUCGGAUGGCCGUCGCUUUCAAGGCGGCUCAUGGAUCCAUGCAGAAUGCGGACACCGACGCUUGUUCUCGAAGUAAGCCGACGUGAUUUAAAAAUGACCGUUUUUUGGCUUCCAUCCAGGCAUGCCAAAUGAACGAGAAUCGAUUCGGCCGUUUACCUGGAACGACACCAAGUCAGCCUUAGUCGAAAGUUGGUAUAUUCAUAGAGGACUUUAAUAAAUAUUUUGUUCUCUAGACUUUUCCAGUCCAGACGCGUUACUUGCUCAAAUCGGCUGCUGCUACGAAAACUUGGCGACGGGCCAACUUUUUGAGGAGAAUCGCCACGGGAUUCGUCGGGCUUUUGAAGAAAGGUAUGCCUUUUAAUGCGAAGAUGUCAAAUCUGGCUUCAAUUACCUUCAAUUUUACCUAUGUUCUCUUAAAAGUUGGGCAAGCUGUCCCGGAGUUUUUUUUUUUUGACGACGCUCCGCCCACUUUCUCCGUAAAGUUUAGUGUGUCUUGUGCAUACACUGCGGCGCUCUGGCACAUGCCGUGUUCAGAGUAAUUUUCGCGAAAUUCAAUAUCAUCUCUGAAUUUCCGAAGUUCAGUUAUUUUUUUACUUUUUGGCGGCUAUUUUGGAUUUCGCGGAAUCACUUUCGACACGGCAACAGAAAAAUUGCCAUUUCCAAAAUUAGGGUAGCUUUUGAAAAGUUCACAUGUUUUUUUUUUUCUUUUAAAGAAUCCGCGGUGUGCGAAUAAUUGUCGACGAUGAGCCGUUGACUUACGAAGUGAAUGGCGGAGUGAGAUCAACCGAGUUCAAAGGUCCUCGGUAUGUUCAGCUCAAAUUGAAGACGAAGUUGAUAAAACUCCUCAGGUUCAUCAAUCUGCCUAAUGGCCUACACCACGUUGUGCUCUACCAAAAAGACACAAUCUUCAGCAAGUUUGAUGUGCAGGUAAACUGAUUCGUGCGUUGACGACUUUGAGUGAAUGGCUUGCAGAUCAGCGACCAGACUCCGACAGUCGAGAAGAAUCUCGUUUCGCGUUCCUCUAACCUCAUCGUCGUCUCGAUCGCCUCUCUCCUCAUCAUUGUGGCUUGUGUAAGCUUCACUUUCAUAGACUGUUGAGAUUUUGAAUGUCAUCGCUCAAACUCCGCCCCUUACGCGUUGAUCAAACCAAUCAGAAGCGAGCCAUCUACAGAGGGUUUUUGGAGGCGGAGCUUGACAUUCAAAAUCUGAACAGACCAUAAUUUUGCAACCAUACUUUGAUAGAUGGAAGUUCAUUUUUUCAACUUUUGAUUUGCAGCUUUUCGCUUUCCGUCAGCGUGUGACAACGGUUCUCAAUCGGAGGGGCUUUUUCACUGGUUAAUUUUGAUUGGUCAAGCAUCAAAAACUCCCUUUUCAGGGUCGAAAGAAGGGUUCGAAAGAAUACCUUUGUACAAGAGCGACGACGAGGACGAAGAAGACGUCUUCGACAUGCAAAAACUCUAA